AUUUUUCACCACUGCCAGUACUGGCAGUUAUAUCGGAACACAGCCAUUAUCUAACCUCUGACGUUCCUAACCUAUCUUAACCUCGUGCUUCUUAACUUUCUCUCGAUUUAUUUUUCAUACUAAUGUGUAUCGUCGUUAUUUUUUCGCUGUAAAUCUUCCUUUUCGCUUAUGUAUUCUAUGUUUGACGCAACUCGAUACGAAUUUAUCGCUAUAAAUGUUACGAUAUCGAUGUACGGUGAUCACGAGACUUGACACUUGUUAUCACCGCUACGACCGCGUGGAUUGACUAUUAUCACCAACGAAUACGUAAAAGAUCGUUAGAUAAUCCGGAGUUUUUAUGAAUUGUUUGUUAUAAUGAACGAAGAUAAUGUAUGGCGUGAAUUAGCGAACAUUCCUGCCGAUCCCCCUGAAACAAGGGACAAAUGUCAACAAUGCAAAAGACCUGUGCAGGUAUGCUGGUGUCCAGGUCUGCCGAAGCAGCGUCUGAAUCCAGCGUCGAGAAUAAUAAUCUUGCAGCAUCCGGCGGAAGCAAAACGUUGUCUGCGAACGGUGCCGAUGCUCACAUUGGCAUUGGAAUCGGGGAAGUGCCUAAUUUUCAGGGGAAAAAAGUUUCCACUGCCUAAGCAUGAAGGCCUAGCAGAGAUACUGAAUGACAAGAAUACCAUUUUAUUAUAUCCAUCACCUGGCGCUGUUGCUCUGGACACACUGGAUCCAGUCGGGAUUAAUGAACAAAAGGCAUAUAACUUGAUUUUAUUGGAUGGAACGUGGCCGCAAGCAAAAGCAAUAUAUCACUCAAGUCCGGCUCUGUAUUUUUUGCGGGCUUGCAAACUAAUCGGUGUGCCCGCCAGUGAAUAUGUGAUUAGGACACAACCGACGGAAGGCUGUCUUUCAACAUUGGAAACGGGCGCGAGUGCACUUUCGAUUCUCGAAGGUGAUCCCGAAUUAAGAGAGAAGAUGUUAGGUCCACUGCAUUAUUUAUGUAGGUUUCAACUAGAAAAUGGCGCGGUAACACACCAAAGCAAGGAGUUUCUUAUCAAACAGAAAGCUUAUCCCAAAUUAAUUGGCAAAAGACUUGCUAAGCAAUUACGUAUAUUACCGGAUAAUACCUCCUAAUAUUAAUAUAUAUUUAAAAAUUAGAUAGAUAAAAAAUAAAUAUAUGAACUUUUAUGAACUUUAUAUCAAAUGUGUUGUAAUGUAAAAAUGAAAAGAAACACAGGAUAAUGUAUUAGGGCGAAUUUUAAUAAAUUUUCUAUUCACAGUUAUAGAGCAAACUUUAAAGCAGCAUCUAGAUUAGGACUUAAAGAAAUAGGAAAUUACAUCUAGAAAUUCAAAAUUAUCCUGGCUAGAAAAAAAAUUUGGAUCGAAUGAAGAUAGAAAUCAUAAACGACUAUUUGGAGGACCUAACUCACUUCCGAGAAAAAAUCAAGAACCUGGAAAAACAUUGGGAGAAGUGUGUUGAAUUUAAAAACCAAAGUACCCUAUGAAACUAAACUAUCUUUAAUAUCAAACCAAGUUUAUCUUCAAAUUACCUUCGUACGGGAUUAUGUUUAAUAAAUCAAAUUCUCACAAUAAAAGUAUUAUUUAUUUCAAUUAACAUUUGAGCGAUUCUAUAUACUAUUUUUAUAUAACAAUAUACAAUAUAACUAUAUAAUAAAAUAUCAAUAUACAUAUAACAAUAAUUUAAAGAAAAGAUCAGGUGUACAUAUUCCUGCUUCUCUUUUUAAUAAUAAAUAAAGUAAUAAAUAUAUUUUUUAACUUUACAAUUUUAAUUAUUUUGUAUCUAUUAUUUUUAUAUUUUGAAAACUAAUUUAUAACCGUAGACAUACAUUUUAAUCUUUUGCGUAUUUAUUUUUUGUAUUCUCUUUAGACCUCUUUUUUAUUGUAUAUACCUAUUUUGACACAUCAACUUUCAUAUAUGUCUUUUCUACCCGUUUCUGUCUCAUUAAAAAUAAUUAAGUUCAAAUAUUUGUAAAUAAUAUUAACCCUUUGCAUUCGAGCGGCGCCACUGCGGCGCCCGGCUGGAAAACUAAUUAUAGAGUAUAAUAUUUAACAGAUUUUGUUGUAUUCAAUGUAAAAAUAAAUUGAUGAAAUUUUAUUAUUUGUA